UGAUCUCAUUGUUACCGACGACCAGCCGUCCAUUCCUGUAUUCCACGCUCGCCUUGUAUCGGCCGUGGGUGGGGUCAUACUUAAACAGGAUGGGCAGAAUGAAAGCAUUGCUGAGACAUGAAGAAAUGCUCCAGUUAGUAACUGAGGAGAGGCCGGGCCCUAAAGCUUCAGGAAUGGCUCAGGGGCCGGGGAGACUCAACCAUUGAUGCCAACAGUCAGCUCCCGAACCACAGAAACCUUCUUAGACACACAGAUCUACACCCAUGCUGCAUUGAGAAUACCUGUGCUUGAAGCUGUGCUACCUGAGCUACAGAUGAGGGCUUCAGGCUGCAACAGACCUUGUGGCGUGAGGCUGGGCUGUGCGUGUUUCCAGUAGCACUACAAGUUCAUAAAGGGUGAGGUCCAUGGGCUGGAGGAGAGCUGCUGCGCUGGGAAGGAAGAGCCCGGAGGAGCUUCAGUGAUGAAGCAUCACCCGGGAACAGCACAGCCACGUUACUAAAACCAGCAGAGAAAGGACAACUCCAGGCUAAUCUCAUGUCCGGAGAUAGAUGCCAAAGUCCUGAAUCAAAUAGUGGCAAAUGGGAAUGGAGCACUGAGGAGAGGGACCAAGGCUGACAGAAGAUGGUAAGGUGGGGCAGAGAGAGAGGUGGAAAAGAGAAAUGGAGUACAUUUCGAAGGAAGAAUCCCACCUCUCAAUCUCUCGGGGCGGAUUAGAAUUCUGAAGCUCAUCCUUCCCGACCCAGCAAUCUCCCGGCAUGGGAAACUCCCUCAUUCAGGUGCUGGACAAGGGCAGGAAAGCCACACCUAAGGUUGCCCAGAGAUUUGACUUUGUCCCUGGACCGUGAAACUGGGAAACAGAUUUGGUGAGCUCAAGCUGGGAGAGGUGGCACAAUUAGUCACCCUCUGUAGGCAGAACCUAGAGAUGGCAGAAGCUUCUGGGUCUCUGGGUCUGGGAGGCCUGGUUCUGGGUGGAGCCAAGUGUCCAGGAUCUGGGAUGGAACCCUGGGUCCUCCAAGGGGAGUGGGCCUUGCCACCCUUGUUUGAGCAAAGCCUGAAAACAUGUGCAGCUUCUUGUCACACCUGGGCACCCACACAUAUAACUCUGCCAUCCCCGCUUGCUCACACCCUACACAUUCCUUUGUGCCUGGCCUUCCCACCAGCAGUCCCACCUCCACCCCCUCUCCCAGGCUCUCCUCUUGGCACCCAAACCCAAAUAUCUUUUACCCCUGCACCCAACUGUACCCACCCACUGGCCCCUAUCCUUCUGGUCUCAGGCUCCCUCUGAACUAGCUCUACAGACCUACCGACUACAGACCUACCAACCACCCCCUGCCCUUCCCUCUGAUGUCCCUCUCCACACCUAGGCCGCACUCUCAGCUGUUUCCCUCUCCAACCCUUUCCAAUAUGUCAACACUUGAGGCUUCAGGUUGGGACUUAGGAGGCCUCAGGGGGAGGAGGGCAGGAGGGAUGAGCUGGCCCUCAACCCAGGUUCUGGCUGGCAGUCUUCUGCUGCCCUGGGUCUUCAGCCCCUCCCCACGACUGCCUCAACUGGCUUUUCAGGAGACACUGCGUCCUGCCCCUGCUCAUGGCAGUCAGCCCCCUGCCCUUGCCCAAGGGCUGGGAGGUAGGACAAAAAUGCGAUCCUGGCUCUGCAACCCUCAACAAGGGACCUUAUGCUGCUCUGGGGACACAGGCAACCUUCCCUCCAGCACCCUCUGAGACUCAGGCUCAGGCCUGGACUCUCUUCCCCUGGCGUCUUCUAAUCCAUCCAUUUGUUCAAAUAUUUACUGAACCCCAGGCAGUGUUCUUGAAGCUGGGGACAUGACAAUGAUCAAUACAGACAAAGGCCCUCUGGAAGGUUACUAUCUGAUAGGUGAGACAGGCAAUAAAAGAAGGUAAUUUCAGAUUGUGGUAGGAGCUGUAAACACCAAAGGAUGAUGUUACAGAGUAUAGCUGUGGGACGGCCAGGGAAGGGUUUUUUUUUGGGGGAAGGUGACAUUUGAGCCAAGAAGAGAGUGAGGAGGAAACCACCUUGUGAAGAUCUGACUUCUGCAUUCCAGGCAGAGAGAACAGCAAGUGCAAAGGCCAUGAGGCAGGAAUGAGCUUGGUGUGUUUGAGGACCAGGGAGAAGACCCGUGUGGCCGCAGCAUAACAAGUGUGGGCGGGGCUUCCCUGGUGGCGCAGUGGUUGAGAGUCCGCCUGCCGAUGCAGGGAACACGGGUUCGUGCCCCGGUCCGGGAAGAUCCCACAUGCCGCGGAGCGGCUAGGCCCGUGAGCCAUGGCCGCUGAGCCUGCGCGUCCGGAGCCUGUGCUCCGCAACGGGAGAGGCCACAACAGUGAGAGGCCCGCGUACCGCAAAAAAAAAAAAAAAAAAGAAGUGUGGGCAUUGGGGGUCGACAAGAACAACAAGAACAAGGUCUGAUGAUUCCCUCAACUCCCCAGGAUUGCUCCCCACCCCCUGACUGUGCUUCCUAUAUUUCCAUACUCUUGCUGCUGGGGAAACUGGAUCCUUAGGUCCCCCGAGAGGAGUGAAGAUGCUGAAGAACCAGGCCUGGGUCCCAGGGAUGGAGGGUGCCUGAAGGUGCGGUUGGGAGAAAGGAGGCCUGGAUAGUGGGUGAGGAAUAAAAAGAGGAAGUGAUUGGAAGGGCAGACAUCUGGGCUCUGGGGUGGAGGGCCUGAGCUGGGCAAGGAGCAAAGAUGCCAUGUGAGUCUUCUCCAUGCAUGACUCACCCACUCUUCUUCCUCCUCUUCAUUGCUCAACCCCACAUCUCCCUGGGAAUUACCUCCCUGACUGGGGAUCAAGUCAGUGCCUCACAGGGUAAUUGAGUCACGAGGGGUGGAGAAGAGGAAGGGAAGCAGAGGAUAAAUAGUAGCUUUGCCUCCCUGGCUCCUCUGUGCAUCCUCCCCACUUUCCCAACAAUAUGCAUCUUGCUAGUUUGCUCGGCUCCUGCUCCCUCUUGCUGCUGCUGGGGCCCUCGCCUGGAUGGGCGGCCAAUGCUGACCCCGUGAAGAAGGCCACUGAAGCGAUCAGCCGAGGGCUGAGCAAUACAGAGAGAGAGGUGGGCGAGGCCCUGGAAGGCAUCAAUAACGGCAUCCCUCAAGCUGGAAGGGAGAAAGUUUUUAAUGGACUCAACAAUGUGGGGAGCCAGGCCGGAAAGGAGCCGGACAAGGGCAUCCAGGGGCUCAACCACAACUUGGACAAGGUAGCCCAUGGAAUCACCAGUGUCGUCGGACAAGCAGGAAAGGGAGCAGAGAAGGUUGUCCAUGGGGUCAACAAUGCUACUAGACAGGUUGGGAAGGAAGCAAACAAAGUGAUUCAGGGGGUCCACGAUGGGGUCAACCAGGCAGGAAGUGAGGCAGGGAGGUUUGGCCAGGGGGUCCACCAUGCCGGGAAAGAGGGAGAAAAAAUAGUCCAGGGGGUCCAUCAUGGAGUUAAUCAGGCUGGAAAGGAGGUGGGAAAGUUUGGUCAGGGGGUCCACCAUGCUGCAGGGCAGGCUGGGAAAGAGGGAGAAAAAAUAGUCCAAGGGGUCCACGAUGGGGUCAACCAGGCCGGAAAGAAGGCAGAGAAAUUUGGCCACGGGGUCAGCCACGCUGCUGGUCAGGCUGGAAAGGAAGUGGAGAAACUUGGCCAAGGUGUCCACCACGCUGCUGGCCAGGCCGGGAAGGAGGAGGACAGGUUGCAGCAGACUGUUCAUGAUGGGACCAACCAAGCCGGCAAGGAAGCCAACGAGCUGCUGAAUGAGCUGGUGGUCAGCUGGUCAGAAGGAGUAAGCCAUCUUAUCUGCAAAGCCCUGUAUCAGAGAAUGUGAACGGGACCCAGCCCCACCUUCAGGGGGCUGCCUCCUAGUUAAGGAGAUCUAAAGGGAGGAACACGAAGCCUCUCCUCGGGAACAGGAAGCAGUUACUGAGGCCAAGAUCUGUUACAGUGCGAAGAGAAUGAGUGAUGAGAAAACCCAGAGCAUCAGCUUGAGCUUGAGGAAUAGUCUGGGGAGAAAAGCCCUAUUCCGUUUAAUUUUCAUAGCAAGCCUCUGAGGUAGUCAGGGUGAGGAUGCUGACUCCCUGAUUCUCAGGUAAGGAAACGGAAGCUCAGCGAGGCUUAAGGGAUUUGCCACCGUCAUGUGGCUAGCACACAGCUCUGGCGAAUCGCACGUCGGGGUUCCUUCUCUUCCUCCACACCGCCCCAUCAGAGAAGGCCUUCGGGAGGAUAUCUGAUCCCCACUUACAUA